AUGCCGCAGCAGAUUCCCAAAGGACAAGUAUCAACGUACAAGCUCAUUAGCGAUGCGUUGAAUUCAAGUCCGCGUGCGGUGGGCCAAGCGUUGCGACUAAAUCCUUUUUGUCCGUUGCCUGUGCCUUGUCACCGUGUCAUUGCUUCGGAUUUAUGUAUUGGAGGAUUUUCGGGCAGUUGGGGUGACUCUCAGUUGGUGGCCGACAAGAAGGCGAAAUUGACCAAAGAAGGCUGCAAGUUUGAUGAGUAUUACAUGUUUGUGUCCAAUGCCGAUGGCAACAAAAACUUGUUCAAGGAUUUCCAGUUGGAAAAAAGCAAAUAA